UCUGCAGGUAAAUAAAGACUUGGAUAGACAUGAUCUUUUGCCUCUCAGCCUGAGGAAAGUUCAUGCAGUGGUCCUUUAGACUACUGCGAUACAAAGAUUCAGAGAUCUCCAUUCUUUAACCUAUCUGAUGAGCGGAGCCUGGACUCUCAAAAGCUUAUGCCCCAAAAGUCUUGUUGGCCUCUAAGGUUCUACUAGACUCAAAUAUACCUGUUUUACUUUUAAAAUGUGGCUUCUCUAAUUGUGAUACCCCCACUGUUUUGGCUUACUAGAUUACUUGUUCCUACUACUUUCACUUACUAGAUUACUUGUUCCUUUUCUUGACAUAACACAAUACAGGAAAUCGGUGGAGAGCAAAUCCAUUGUCAGCGCGGACUCUUCCUCCUUGUUUUUGAAAGUGUGGAGCAAGAACGAUGACUCAUCAAGGAGCAGUUUUGCAAGGAUAUAAUAACGAGCUGGUGAAACACCUAGAAGACUUGAGCGUGCACAGAGAAGAACUGGACAAGCAGAUCAGGCAAGCAGAGCAGGAGAAAAAGGUGGUCCAGGAUGAAAUUGAAACAUUGACCGUACAACUGAGGCGCGUGUGUGAAAGCCUGACGUGGAAGAACGCCAUGCAAAAGGAGCUCGAUAAAAUCCUGGCCGAAACAGAAGUGGCCUAUGAGAAGAUCUUGGAGAGUUCUAGAAUUCUGCUCAAUGUUUUGAAAACAGAAACUGGGAAUUUAGACAAAGUGAUAGCUCUGAAAAAUAAUGUUCCUGGGGAUGGUUAAAUAUUUGGUCUCACCAAGACCAGGUGCAGUCAAAAGGCAUCUCCAGGGAAGAUGAUCUCUUUGAUAAUCUUGCAUUCGUGGCUGUUCAGCCAUUCUUUCUUGUGUGCAUUUCAAGGUGCACUUAAAAGGAAGGAGACCAAGUAAUGCAUAAAAUUCUGGAAGUUUUCUAAAAAAGCAUUAAAUUCUUAAUCUAAAAUUAUUGUAGUCACGAGAAGUGCCAAGAGCUGGUUCUCAUUAACUAUUUGUAUGGGUUAACACCUCAAAUAACAGAGGGAUGAAUGACAUUGCUUUUUACCUAUAAUUCAUGUCCUGUCAUGUAUAAAACUGACACAAGGACUGUUGCAUCAGCAAAUAAAAAGUCACUGUUAUAUAUUUGGCUUGGAUGUGCCACUGAGUACAUCAACGGAGUAUCACAACAUCUGGUGCUGUUUUAAAGCUGAAAACCAGUGUUGGGUUGCAAACGAGCACUGCUUUGUUGGAGGAUGGCAAGGGGUUUAAGAUAUUCCCACUGAAAUAAUGUCAUGUUUUGUAGGCAUCCACUUGUUGAUUUCAUAACUGUGCACGGAGAAAUCUUCAUUAUAGCAAUCAUCCCAAAUUUUCUUGUUUAUGCAUCUUGUUUAUUUUUUUGCUUUAUUUAUAGCCUGCCCAUCUCACAUUUUUUGUUUUAAACGUUUAAACAGGACUAAAUAGGACUUAAACUAACGUUUAAAAGGACUAAUAAAAGGAAACACUUCUUCACGCAA